UAUUUGAGUGUUCAUUGAUUGAAUAGCGUGCGUGCUCUGUUUUUCGAGUGAGAGAUUGUGGAAGUGUUGCGAUUUCAUCCACGAUUGGGAAGCCUCGAGGUAAAAACGCAACAAUGGAGUUCAUUGAAGAUUAGUAUCGAAAAAUGGAGCCAGAUUUCUUCGCAUAUCUGCCAUUAGAAAUCAUCCCCAAAAUCCUGUUAAGGCUCUCUGUUCGAACCAUUGCAAUCGGCAAGUGUGUUUGCAAAUCAUGGCUGGAUCUGUUCAGCUCUGAUGAUUUUGUUGAUUUGCAUUUUUCCCAAUCUUCUCCCGCCUUAGCUGUGUUGAUGCGCUCAGAUCGGUGCACUCUCUUCGGAAUUACCGAUCAACUCGAUCGCCCCUGCAUUCCGCUCAUAAAUUCCCCGUUCCCUCACGGAGUAGCUAUAGAUGGUGCUGCCGGCGGCAUGCUCCUUCUAACAUUCGCUGGAACUCAAACUGAAAUUGAAACUCUCCGUGUAUGCAAUCCAAUCACCCGUGAAUGUGUUGAGCUAUGCUGCCCUCCGCCUCCACUAGCUAUGGAGUUUGGACCUCGAACUGUAUAUGGAUUUGGAGCGAGCAAAACAAGUGGCGAGUACAAGGUAGUUCGGAUCAGUCCUUAUCCCGACUGUCAUGUAUACACCCUUGGACCAGUGGAAAUGUGGAGAUGUGUCGAAAUGAACAACUCGCUUAAUUACGAGGAUGAUGGCUGUAGCUGUGGUGCUUUUGUUAAUGGAAAUCUACAUUGGUUGGUAUAUUCAGAUUUGGAUGGCAGCGCGUGGAUUUCUUGUUUUGAUCUCGAGGCAGAGUGUUUUACCGCCUUCUCUGUUCCUCUUUCCUAUGAAAGCUUGUCAGUUUUGAGGGAUUGCCUGUGCGUGUGUGAAUACACGUUGGAUAAUGAAAUUGUUAUAUGGACGAUGAAGGAAUAUGGGGUCGACCAAUCUUGGGCUAAGGAGUAUGUGAUUAGCCGAAAUCCUGGUUUUGAUCGACGUGGCUACAAAAGUGUGUAUCCGAUCAAAGUUUUCGAAAAUGGUGACAUAUUGAUGUUAUGGGGUGCCAAGUUCCUUAUGUACUACUCUAAGGAGAUGAGAACUACUCAAGAAAUUGGUGGUUUUGAAUCAGAGGGUUAUACUUGUAACAGAAUGAUUGUCACUCCAAGCUUGGUCACGCUCAAAAGGUUGGGUAUGGAGAAUGUGAUCUCAAUUCUGGCUGAUUAGCUAUGUAGCACCACCAUCUUUUGUGUCUUUCUAAUAUGCUAAUAUUUGUUUGUAAG